UCAGUUGUAUGCCACGACUUUAGCUGCCAAAUUUCAAUAGUUCAUAUGAAGUAAAAAGCACAAAGUAAAAAGCGACAGGUUAACCGGAAGUUGGCAUUCUGGACAGGAAGCUUCAAGCAGUGAUUGGAAGCACAUCCAUUCCACCCUGUUUAUAGCUAGACGCGUUGAUUAGUGCAGUGUGAGUUUACCAUGGCUGAAUCCUCCGGGCCGACGUCAGGGGGAGGAGCCACCUCGAGCACAGUGACCACCGAGAGCGAAACGCAACCGGAGCACCGCUCUCUGACACUGAAGCUGCGAAAGAGAAAACCUGAUAAGAAGGUGGAGUGGACGUGUGACACCGUAGACAAUGAAAACCUUGGUCGACGAUCAUCCAAGUGCUGCUGUAUUUAUGAGAAACCAAGACCAUUUGGAGAGAGUUCAUCUGAAAGCGAGGAUGAAGAUGAGUGCUGUGACAGUGCUCACUGUAUCCGUGGCCAUAAAAAGGCAACAUCUGGAUCCAAAGAGACUCCCUCUUCACAUCAUGACAAAACUGUCAGCAUGCAGCAUUAAGGCAGCAAAGAGAAUGAGAGACCAGGCUCCUUUGCCAUUAAUGAUGUCAAAGAAGGGUGAUGUCUCAUGCACCAUUUAACAAGCUCCUUUGGUUAUGGAGAGAACAACAAGCAUAAUAGUACUGUCUCUGUAUUGGCCAACAUGAACUGAAAGUGACUGUCUCUUAAAUGUACUUAAAUGACUCUAAAUUAGUAAACGGGCCUAAAAGUACAAGCCUGGAAAGAGUUGUAAAGCCUUCUCUACAUUAUCACAGAGACUGCUGCAGAAAGGAGACUUUGCUUACAGAACAACUUUUAACAAAAUAUAUUAGCAAUGCCCAUCCUUCUGCCUUCCUCCUGUUAAAGGAACAGUAACACCAAACAAAUUAAAGUGUUUUAAAGGAAUGGCAAUGUAAUGUACAGUUGCCCUGCUGGUGUGUUUGCCCCUUAAACUCUACUAUAGUUCAUAUAAACAAGCUGCUGU